GCCACGCCUUUGCCGACAAGACGCCGAGGCCGUCAAGACAGAGCUCAGUUUAACCACAGUAGAGGCGGCGGCCGCCACAACGACUCUUCGCAUUUAGUUGGGUAGCCCAUUGACUUCCGUUAGACUUUUCAGAUCCUGUCAUGGACGUCGCCUACUUCCUACUACUGGCCUGUCUUGGCCCUGUCAUUACUGCUCAAGACUGUCUCCAACCUGUCGGAGGACCCAACAUGAAUUUGAAGGACAAAGACCUUCUUUUACAAGAAUUCCCAGAUGGAACCCAGGUUACUUUUGCCUGUGAUGUUGGCCACGUGUCUGCAGGAGGGUCUGCAGUCAUUACUUGUACUGCUGGCAGUUGGAGUGCUGUGAGGCUGAAAUGCGAGAGGAAGAACUGUGGCCCCUUUGAAGAAGUGGAAAAUGGACAUAUUGAUUACUCUGAGGGGACUGAGUUUGGUGCUAAAAUUGUGAUCACUUGCAACACUGGUUACAGAUUUGUUGGUCAACAAGAGCCGAAAAAAAUCCUUUGUGGAGACAAAGGGUGGCUGGGCAGGUUGCCUGUAUGUGAAGAGGUGACUUGUAAUGUGCCACCUGCCAUUGCAGAUGGUACUUUCAGUCCAAACAAAGAAGUCUAUGGGUACAGAGAAGUUGUACAAUACAGCUGUCAAAAAGAUCUGACACUCAGUGGAUCAAAAUCAGUAUCGUGUUCAGAUGAUGGAACAUUUCAGCCUGAUCCUCCGACAUGCCUCACGGUUCAGUGUGAAGAUCCUCAUGUUGAAGAUGGUGACUGGGUUGAUGGUUCUCGACCCCCUUAUGGAUACAAGGCUACAGUGAUAUUCCGUUGCAGAUCUGGAUAUAUUAUGAAAGGGGAGUCUACACAGAUAUGUGAAAUAAACAGCCAGUGGUCACCUGGACUUCCAAAAUGUGAACCAAUGCCGCCCACAACUAAAGCUACUACCACCACCACCACCACCACCACAAAGAAAACAACAGGUGCUCAUUGUGAAGAUCCUAUUAUUGCAAAUGCAUUCUGGAUUAGAGGUUCUCAACACCCUCACAAACACAAGGCUACAGUGACAUACGAGUGCAGAUCUGGGUUUACUAUGAAAGGGGAGCCUCAGCUGACGUGUGAAGAUGGUCAGUGGUCACCUGAACUUCCGACAUGCAGUAAAGGAAACCAAUAUGUUGUGACUAUCGCUGUUUCCGUGGCUGUAGUCAGUGUUCUCCUCCUGACUUGCUGUGGAUGCAUUUACUUUGGAGUCCCGGCAUACAUCAAGAAAAAACUAUGCCCUGGGAGAGGCAGUCCUGACAAUGAGGCUGCAAAACCCGAAGAGGAAGUAGCACUCUCGUAAGCGGCGCAGUCCUGUUAAUCCAACAUUGCUGGAUGUAAAAAUGACUUGUUGAGAAGAGGAAUGUCACUGGAGUUGCCUUUGAAUGUACUCGUUCCGUCCCAUAUGCAUGUGGAUGGCACAGGCUUAUGAGAUCCCCUGAAACGUAUGCUGCUGAAUGCCACGCCGACUUGAGCUCAGUCCUUCGCUUAUAUGUUAAUUAGCUCCUCUGAUUAGUUGACAAUUAAUUUCCAUCUUCAAUAGACCACUCAUCACUACUUUUUCAACUGAUGUUUGGGAAGCCUUCCCUUUACAACAUCAGCUGUUCUUCUAUCUUUUAAAUUUUGAAGGAAUGAGAGUUCAUCAGUCAGAGAGGCUCGCUCAUUUUAAACUUGCACUAUAGCUCAGAGCACAGUUCAGCUUGGCCAAUAUAGCUCAGUGACACAGAUGGCUUAAAACAAGAAAAUCAGUAAUAGAUGUUUGCAUGGUUCACCUUAAAUACAGCUGGCUCCAGUACUCCAGUCUUGUAGAUUCAACUUCCACCAUUCUAGAGAUAACAACAGUGGGGUCUGUGCAACAGUCCCUAGUAUAGUGCCUGAGCAUAAGGCAUGUUCCAUAUGCCUUAAUGCACAAGCCAAAACACUUGGCUUGUUGUGUGUGACUUGUGUGUUUGCCUGUGAAUUGCAUAACUCUUAACCCAGUUGUUAGCGUUUGUUAAUGGAGGCUUAAUCAUGGGCCAAACUUCAUGUUUUUGUUAAAUAAUUUGCCACGGUCAGUGUUGGCACAUUGUUAUUUGUGCCCUGUUUUUUUCACCAAAUUAAGUUAAUUUCCUUUUUUAGCCUCCAAAUCGUAUUUUUUUUGUAGACAUCUCUUCCAGAGCGUCACUUUUAAUGUAAGAAGAAGAGAAGGAAUGCUUUGAGCAUUCGGACACAGAUAUGGUGUCGGUUGUUACAUUAAGAUGUAUGAACUGUGAUCUCUGAACAUUUUUGCACUUGCCAGCCUGUUUAUUUAUUGAACUAAAAUUUGUUUCAAAACAUCUCUGUAAAAUUUGUUGUACUGUUUUGAGGCAGGCGGAAAACUGCUCUCAUAUUGGCGCUACUUUUUGUAACGAAUUGAUGGAAUAAAACAAGAGACAAUGUAGACUCA